UAAUACAGAGUAGAGAAAAAGCUUCCUGUGAUCUUUCUGUUUUGCUCAACGAGGCAGUUGAGGAGUCAGAAGAAAUUCAGACAGUCCUGCACAGAAAAGGAAAACCUUGACCACAGCAUGACCACAGCAGGAAAAGUCAUUAAGUGCAAAGCAGCUAUUCUUUGGGAGCUCAACAAGCCCUUAUCCAUUGAGGAAGUGGAAGUUGCCCCACCCAAGGCCAAUGAAGUUCGAAUUAAGAUUGUGGCAACAGGAAUCUGCCGCUCAGAUGACCAUGUGAUAAGUGGGACACUAUAUUGUCCCCUCCCAGUAAUCCUGGGGCAUGAGGCGGCGGGGAUUGUGGAAAGCAUUGGAGAAGGAGUGACUUCUGUAAAACCAGGUGACAAAGUCAUUCCACUCUUUACUCCACAGUGCAACCAAUGCAAAGUUUGUAAGCACCCAACUGGCAACCUCUGUUUAAGAAAUGACCUGACUAAUUGUAGUGGUACCUUAAAGGAUAAUACCACCAGAUUUACCUGCCGAGGGAAGCCAAUUCAUCAUUUCCUUGGCACAAGCACCUUCACUGAGUAUACAGUGGUGGAUGAAAUCUCAGUUGUAAAGAUCGAUUCCUCCUCUCCUCUAGAAAAAGUUUGCCUGGUUGGCUGUGGAUUUUCCACUGGUUAUGGUUCUGCAGUAAAAGUUGCUAAGGUCACUCCUGGCUCUACUUGUGUUGUCUUUGGUCUGGGGGGUGUUGGCUUGUCAGUGAUCAUUGGCUGCAAAUCAGCUGGAGCCUCCCGGAUCAUUGGGGUGGACAUUAACAAGGACAAAUUUGUAAAGGCUAAAGAGGUAGGUGCUACAGAGUGCAUCAACCCUCUGGACUACAAGAAACCCAUUGAAGAGGUUCUGGUUGAAAUGACGGAGGAUGGCAUUGAUUUUUCAUUUGAAGUCAUUGGACGUCUGGAGACAAUGACAUCUGCCCUUCUAUGCUGCAAUAAGGCUUUUGGAGUUUGUGUCAUAGUGGGUGUCCCUCCUAAUAGCCAAAAUCUCUCUUUCAACCCCAUGCUGCUUUUGACUGGACGUACCUGGAAAGGAGCUGUUUUUGGAGGUUUUAAAAGCAAGGAUGAUGUCCCCAAAAUAGUCUCUGAUGUUAUAGCCAAGAAAUUUAAACUGGAUCCAUUAAUUACAAAUGUUUCUAAUUUGGAUAAGAUCAAUGAAGGAUUUGACAUGCUACGUGCAGGAAAGAGCAUUCGCACUGUUCUGACAAUGUGAGACCAGUCAUCUGGAAGCAAAAAGAGUUCGUUCCAUUUUUGCCAGCAUUCUUAUUGUAUCUAUACAGAGCAGCAGGGCAGCAAUAAAAGCUUUCAAUAAUUCGAUCAGCAGGUUAACCAAAUGGAAGCCUGCAGCUGAGAAGAUUGGUGAUUGAUAUGAAGGAAUUUUUAAGACAUUGUCUCAAAUUCAUGUUAGAAUAAAAUAAAACAAUAAACGCUAACUAGGAGUUUGAUAAAAGAUUAUACCUUUCAAUCAAACUAUACCUUUCAGUUUGAUUUCAGUUUCAGUACUGGACCAUAGAAAAGUUCCAAUCUUUAAUCAAGGGGCAGGGAACCAUUAUUAUCCAUGCCCAUUCUUCAUUGAUGGGCCAUUUUGCUUGCAGAUUUCUGACUCUCAGCCUCCCUUUUUCUUAUCAGCAAAUGUUUGAAGAUCUAUUCAGAAUAUUUCAAUAUAUAAAAUGUAACUUGUUGAAUGAAAA